AUGCAUUGGCGCGUUUCUUUGCCAGUCCUUUCCCUCGCUGCUGGGGCGGUUGCAAAGCACUAUGCCAUCAUGGACAAUGACUGGUAUACGGCCGGAUUCGUGCCUUAUCUGAUCGCUCUUGACGGAGACAUCGAUGUUCUGGCCUUGGCCUCGGACACUGCCAAUAGUUGGCAGCCACAGGUCGCCUUGCACGCCGUCGCUACUUUGGAGGCCGGCAAUUUGAGCUGCAUUCCCGUCUAUCCUGGCGCGACUUGGCCAUUGAUCAACACCCCCGAGCGUUUCCAGGCAUGGGAGACUAUUCACGGCAAACUGCCCUGGGAGGGUGCAUUCGCACCUGAGAAUCAGACUGCUGAAGCCGCAGGCAAUGAUCCUACUUCGGGAGACCCCAACCGUAUUGUCAAGGAGGCCUUCAAGGAGGGAUUCCCCAAGGGAAAGCCUAACAAUUCGACCUCAGCUGCGAACUUCAUGGUUGAGAUGGUACACAAGUACCCGGGUCAGGUUUCUAUUUACUCUGCUGGUGCCUUGACCAAUAUCGCAUUGGCUGUGCGCAUGGAUCCCGAGUUUGCCUCGCUUGCUAAGCAGCUGGUGAUUAUGGGCGGAUAUGUGGAUUUGAAUAUGCUCGAGGCUACUGGUAGCAUUAUGUUGGCCGAUUAUCAGUCCGAUAUCAACCUCAUGAUCGACCCUGAGGCUUCCAAGAUCGCUUUGACUGCCGACUUCCCUAGCAUCACUAUUGCCGGCAAUGUCGCCAACCAGGUUUUCCCUACUCAGAAGUUUGUCGAUGAAGUCAAGACUGCCGAUAAUGCCUACGCUCAGCUUUUCGCUAAGUACUACGAUCUCUCGUUCCCCUUCUGGGACGAGACAGCUGCGGCCCUGAUGGUUGAUCCCACGAUCGCCACCAACCAGACAUCAGUUUACCUUGACGUGGACACUAGCUACGGUAGCCCGAACUACGGUAACAUUCACGUUUACCAGAAGGCUCUUGCACCUGGUGGCAUUCGUGAAGUCAACUAUGUCUUUGAGGUUGAUGCUAAGAGACUGACGGAGCGGAUCAAGCACUCCUUGAUGCAUCCCAAGACCUGUGCGGAUCUUGCCUAA